AUGAGCAUCGCGAUCUCCCGUCUCGCAGAGAUAAAGCAAAUCCCCUACUAUCGCAUCGCCGUGCUGCAAUCCUUCGAUAACGUGAUGUUUGUCGUAGACAAGGAAGACCUCGAAGUUGGUACUAGUGGAUUUCCGCCUGCUACCACUCCAUCCAACGUCGGAGAGGUGUCUCCUCUUCCAGAACGAUCUAAUGUACUGAAUAUCCUCUUCCAAUAUGUCGGCACCCAGAGUCAUCAACCUGUGCUGGAUCAAAUCGAGUUUGCGUUGAUAUUGAAGGUCGCUGAAGCCGCAGAAAAAUACGAAGUGCACAAAGCGAUUGUGGCCGUCCAAUUCAAACUUAGGAAGUUCCUCAAAAGCAACCCACGAGAACUUUUACACUUUGCCUUGACUUAUUGGAAUCCAGGACUCGUUGAAGAAGUUGCUCCUUUCAUGGUGAAUACACCCUUGCAAGAGAUGGAAAUUCUUAUGAAGCAUUGUCCUCGUCUAUUUCUGAAAUGGGUGUGUCUUGAUCAUUUGUAUCUAAAUCCAUCAUGCUAA